CUGUCAAAAUAAACUGUGUCGACAUCAAAACUAAAAGGUUUUUUUCCCUUCAUAAAAGUCAAUAAAUUUUAGUAACUAGUGAUUUUUCGAAAAAUAUUUCCAAAUAAAAUGCCAGAAGAAGAUGAAAAUAACACACACUCAAGCGAAAAUGAUGAUGAAAUCGAAAAUGUUCGAGUUGUGGUUCGUGUACGUCCAAUGGAUAAAUCUGAACUGGAAUCAGGUUGCGAAAACUGUGUAAAGGUGGACAAGAUAAAUAGAUGCAUCACUGUAAUUAAGCCAAAUGCACCAGCCACUGAACCACCGAAAAACUAUUAUUUCGACAGCGUUUAUGCAGAGGAUUCAACACAGAUUGACCUAUAUGUUGAUACCGCGAGACCAAUCGUUGAUAAGGUUCUUGAAGGAUACAAUGGAACUAUCUUGGCGUAUGGUCAAACUGGGACGGGCAAAACUUAUACAAUGUCCGGACAUUCUGCUACCGCACAGACCAAAGGUGUUAUCCCGAAUACAUUUGCACACAUAUUUGGUCAUAUUGCGAAGGCAAAGGACAAUCAAAAAUUUUUGGUGCGUGUCAGCUAUAUGGAAAUUUACAAUGAAGAAGUUCGCGAUUUAUUAGCAAAAGAGAUGAAAAAAAGUCUCGAAGUGAAGGAACGUGCUGAUAUUGGUGUUUAUGUUAAAGAUCUUAGCGGAUAUGUUGUUAACAAUGCCGAUGACUUGGAUAAUAUAAUGAAGCUGGGAAAUAAGAAUCGCGCAACUGGGGCAACGAAAAUGAACAUGGAAUCAUCUCGUUCUCAUGCAAUUUUCUCAAUAACAGUCGAAAGUAGCGAAACUGAUGACAAGGGCGCCGAACAUGUGAAAAUGGGAAAAUUACAACUUGUGGACUUGGCUGGUUCGGAACGUCAAAGCAAAACUCAAGCCACCGGCAUUCGUCUAAAGGAAGCAACGAAAAUAAAUCUCUCACUGUCCGUACUUGGAAACGUAAUAAGUGCUUUGGUUGAUGGUAAAAGCACACACAUUCCGUACAGAAAUUCAAAACUGACCCGUCUAUUGCAAGAUUCUUUGGGGGGAAAUUCAAAAACCGUUAUGUGCGCAAGUAUUAGUCCGGCCGAUUCCAAUUAUGUGGAGACCAUUUCAACGCUUCGCUAUGCAAGUCGAGCCAAAAGUAUUCAGAACCAUACUCAUAUUAAUGAUGAACCGAAAGAUGCAUUGCUGCGACAUUUCCAAGAAGAAAUUGCCGAACUCAAAAAGCAAUUGGAAGAAGGUGCAAUCGAAAACACAUUCGACGAAACGGAUGAAGAUGCCAAUGAUGAUGAUGAGGCAAACAUCGAUUCGAAUGCUGAGAAUAACAAAGAGGAGCUACAAAAUAAGAUGGAAAAGAAGAAGAAACGACGAAGCAAGGCCAAAACGGAUGCAGCCGAAUCGGAAAAAGAAUUGCUUGCGGCCAAAGUCUUGGAAAGGGAAAGCGAAUUAAAGCGAACCAAAACCGAGCAGGAGACUUUGCUCACAAAACUUCAAACAUUGGAGAACAAAAUUCUGGUUGGCGGUGAAAAUUUGUUAGAAAAAGCGGAUGCUCAAGAAAAAUUACUAGAAUCAUCGAUUGCUCAAUUAGAGGAAGUUGCAAAGAUUGAGUUGGAACUGAAGGAAUCGUUACAGAAAAAAGAAGCCGAACGAAUUGAUAUCGAAGAGCGUUAUUCAUCAUUGCAAGAGGAAUGUAUUGGUAAAACAAAAAAAUUACAUCGAGUCAUGCAGAUGUUGAUGGGAGUCAAGAGCGAAUUGGCCGACCAACAACAAGAGCAGCAACGCGAGAAGGAGGGAAUUCUUGAAAGUAUUCGAAUUUUAUCGCGUGAGUUGGCAUUGUGUGAAUUUGUUCUAAAUUCAUACGUUCCACGGGAGUACAUUAAUAUGAUAGAAGGAUUCACACAAUGGAAUGAAGAUGUUGGUGAUUGGCAAUUGAAAUGUGUGGCUUAUACGGGCAACAAUAUGCGCAAAAAUAUGCAGGAUGAACGCAGACACACCAAAGAAACGGAAUUUGUUGAUUUGUCACACAUUUAUUUGAGCUACAGUACGGGCUCAGUGAUUGAACCGAUGAGAGCACGAGGUCAGUCGGCUACAAGACCACGAACAUCGGGCUCUGGUGUACCACGUCCUCUGACUCGCCCAUAUAAAAUAAAAAGUUAAACAAAAUAUGACAUUGAUUCUAAUCAGACAACAAAUAGCUAUUCCAUCACCAAUUUCACACUACCAUUUGAUCUAUUAAGCACAAAAAGCAUUUGAAUUGUAUCUUGUAAUCUAGUUACUCUACACAACACGCCUGUUAAUCAUUCCACGUUCCCAAUGGAUUCAUCAAUUUAUGUUCCACAUUUUUUGGGCUUAAUUUCUUUGCUCUAGUCACUAGUAUUAAAUCUGAAAAAAAAAACAUUAUUAUAUAUUCAAACUAAUUGGUCAAUUUGCAAAUACUUUUGAAGCAUUUGAUUAGCAUGAAUACGUAUUUAUAAUAUGAUGCUUUUUUGAACUAAACAAAUAAAUAAAUUAUAUCUACAAAACCA